AUGCAUUUCACAUAUCCCCUCCUCUAUUUCCUCUUCCUCAACGUAACCACCGCCCACCAAAUCUCCUAUUCAUUCCGAACCCAAAACCGCCAUGUUCUCGAGCCCAUGGUGAAAUUCGUCAAGGAUAUACAAGUCAAUCUAGAUUUCAUCACAUACAAAGAUCCUGAGAUCCAACGAGAAGCUAGUGAUCUCUUAUUAUAUGGAGCUGAUUCCCUUCAUCAGAUGAUCCCAUCUUUAUCUUUGGACCACGCGAAUAAACUUCUCCAAGCUGUGUAUGCAAGGGUUGUUGAUCAAGUUGAGAACCUCGCUCUCUUUUCUCUUGCGAAUAGACUUUUGGAGAAAGAAUCCGAUAAGGAUACUUGUCCCAAGACUACUACAGGUGAUGAACAUGGAAUGGUUAUGGUUGAUUGUCCUGAUCCUCUUUGCAAGACGACAAAUCUGUAG